UCCACCGGGAGGGCUUCGAGAGGCUGAUUCUCGCGAGAAACGAUAAAACGCGAGAGAGCGAAUCGACAAUUGGUGCCCAAGCUUCGGCGCUUGGCAGCAAAAAUUUAUCUUGUUUUCCUGAAACCUCAGAUUCCAAUUUUACCUUUCAAUUUUAGAUAUUGGCUGAUGCCUUUUCAUCUUAUUUUAUUUUUCUUCGUGGAUUCGCGAUGGACUGGUGCUAUGAUCGGAUACCUACUUCGGCACAGGCUGUCAACUUCGGACGAUGAGGAAGUAGAGCAGACAGCUAGACUGGAAGAUAGAGGGUCGAGCCCGCCUUUCGCUUUCAUCAGGCCGAUGUUAGGAAUUGUGGUUAAGGAGGCUCUUCUGUAUCUCGAUGUGAUCAGGAUAUGUUCAUGUAUGCGUGAUCCUCGCUUCCAUGCUGGUGGGAUCCACCGAUGGCCGGCUGGGCUGCAUAAGCUCCCUUUAGCUUGCAGUUGGUACCUGUCAGUGUCUCAGCGUAGGGUUACUCUGUCUUCCCAUCUGCGUCAUAUUGUGCCGUCACCCGUUCUCCAUAACUCCGGAUGUAACACUCAUGACGAAUAUGUACAGGCCGUGGCUUGUAAUAUGUAUGUUAAUCAAGUUAUUUGAGUGUAGCUAGUUUGAACAGUUUGAUAUCUUAAGCAGCUGCUGAAGAUGCAAAGAGGGCAUGAGGAGUG